AUGCAUUUUUCUCAUAAUCCUCCAGGCAAGAAAGGAAAGCCGGUGGAGGUCUUGACCAACUGUUUCCGCAUGAAGGCUGCUGAUCAGUGGCUUCUGCACCAGUACAGCGUGGACUUCAGCCCCGUUGUGGACAACCCUAGGGCACGUCAUGCCCUGCUACGGGCUCACUCUGAGAUCCUAGGCACCCCCAUGGCCUUUGAUGGGAUGAUGUUGUUCCUGCUCCGAAGGCUUGAUGAGCCGGUGACCAGAUUUCAAACCAAAUGCCGUGACUCUGAUGACAUCAUCACCAUUACUGUUGCUCUCAAGAAUGCGCUGCCUCCUACUUCACCAACCUGCAUGCAGGUUUAUAACAUCAUCUUCCGCAAGAUUCUUGGAUUGGUUGGCUUUGAGCAGACCGGCAGGAACUAUUUCAACCCCAACGCCAAAAGGGAAAUCCAGCAACACAAGAUCCAGCUCCUGCCAGGUUUCAUCACCUCCAUCUUGCAGUAUGAGCAGGAGGUCCUCCUGAUGGCAGACGUCUCUCACAAGAUCCUGAGGACGGAGACAGUCUUGGACAUGCUGGCUGAGAUUCAGCAGACCAAGGGAGCAGGCUGGGCGGAUGUGGCCAAGAGAGUACUGGCAGGAGAAAUUGUCCUGACCAAGUACAACAACAAGACCUACCGAGUGGACGACAUCGACUUUAAUAUCGAUCCCAUGAACACAUUCGACAAGUUGGACGGCACUAAAAUAACCUACGCCCAGUACUACCGGGACGCGUACGGGCUAAAUAUCAGUGAUCUAGGACAGCCACUGCUGGUCAGCAAACCAAAGAAAAGGGCAUGCUAA